AGCUCCUGUUCCUUUAAGGGAUCUCUCCAGCUUCACCGGAGUGACGUUGCGCAGUAUAUUCCAUAUUCAGAGAAAGUCCAGUGGCGGAGUGUGGAAUCUCCUACUGCGAGAGCAGUCUCCUCCAGGUGCUGAGCAAAAAGCAGAACAUUUUUUAUCAUGAACACAGACAAAGAUCCUGAAUUUACCGCCCCAGAGGGAAACGGGAUGGACGUUUGCAGUGAUGUUGCAGAUGUGAAGCCACAGGAGGAGGAAGAAGAGAGGGAAGAUAAUUCAUUCAGUGAGAAUGGAAUGCAGUGUGCUGAAGGUGUGAUGGCUUCACAUGUGAUAAAGACCGAAGCAGAGGAGAUGGAAGAGGACGAGCAGUACCCCAAUGCUGAAAAAGAAAGAGAGAUAUUGCUAAAAGAGGAAGCAGAGGGGGGCAGUGAGGACGGGACGGAGGAAGGAUUCGAUGAGGAGAGGACAGAGGAGGACGAUGAUGACGAGGGGGAUGAAGAGGGAGAUACCCUGAAUGAGCCACAGGACCUGUCGCUGGUGGACUACUCGCGCUACGACGGUGCGGCACUGCCAGACGCCCACGCAGGAGCGGCGGCUGGUGCAGAAGGGACCUACGUGCCUGGAGCCGUGGCCCCUCGCAUCCAGACGACAGGCAAGCUCAACUGUGACAUCUGUGGCCUGUCCUGCGUCAGCAUCAACGUACUGCUGGUGCACAAACGCAGCCACACGGGUGAGAGGCCAUUCCACUGCACUCAGUGCGGGGCCUCCUUCACCCAGAAGGGAAACCUGCUACGCCACAUCAAACUGCACUCCGGGGAGAAGCCUUUCAAAUGUCCCAUGUGCAGCUACGCCUGCCGUCGACGUGAUGCACUGAGCGGCCACCUGCGCACCCAUUCUGUGGAGAAACCCUUCAAAUGCAACCACUGUAGUCGAAGCUACAAGCAGCGCAGCUCCCUCGAGGAGCACAGAGAGAGGUGCCAUGUGUACAUCCAGAGCAAAGGCCCGGCUGAGAGAGAGGACAGCCAGACAUCCAGGACUCAGAUGGGCACUGAGCGCGCUCUGCUGCUCGACAGGCUCGCCAGCAACGUAGCCAAACGGAAGAGCUCAAUGCCACAGAAGUUCACGGGCGACAACGGUGUCUGCCUGGACCUGAGCUUUAACAGGGAGCUGGUCUACCGAAGUGACGCCAAGGACCCUCCGCCAGGUUCCCCAGGGACCGAAACCCACCAGCAACCCACAGGGCCAGACAGUAACCCAGCUCCCUCCCGCAGGCCCUACCCUAUCCAGUUGAGCCGCAACGACAUCAGCCCCAUGGGCCUCACUAACGGCCACAAGAUGGGCAUGCCGCUUCUGGGCCUCCCCCACACCAACCAGCCGCCCCUCGGCGUGGACUCGUUCCACUCCGACGGCUCCCAGAUGUCCCAGCCUGUAAUGUACAGCUUAGGGCACCUGCUGGGGGGGCUGAAUCAUCAGAACGGCAUCCCUCACCCUCACGCCCAGCCCAUCCCCUUGUCGCCGCUGGAGGCUUUACGGGUGGUGCGGGUAGACGGGGAGGGCGGCGCUCUGCCCGGGGCGGUUUACCCCUGUGGCCACUGCAGGGUGAUCUUCCUGGACUAUGUCAUGUUCACCAUCCACAUGGGGUGCCACGGCUUCCGUGACCCGCUCGAGUGCAACGUGUGCGGCCACCGCAGUCGGGACCGUUACGAGUUCUCUUCCCACAUAGCCCGCGGCGAGCACCGCCUAGAACUGAAGUAGCUUUCAUUCAUGCAGACAUUCAGGCUUUCACAUACAUACAUACAGACACAGACACACACACACACACACACACAUAUAUGCUCAAACAGAUAACACUGUAUAAGAACACACACAGAUUUAGUCAUAUAAGUAGCUAGUAGUAUCAGAAAUUAAAGCAUGAAGUAGCAGCUAUCUUUCUCUCUCUCUGUCUUUAUGCGUGUGUGUGUUUGUGUGUGUGAGUGCAUGUGUGUAUAAGAGAGAGAUAUUGAGAGAGACGUUAUAGGAGUGCAGCGGGUGUCGGAGUGUUCUUAGUCAUACUGUACUCAUCUGAAAAGAUGGUCUGUAAAGUGUCUAUGCGGGAGUAUUUCUACUUCCUUUCAUACGUUAACUUACUACUUAAUGAUCACUGCUGUAGCAACUGUUUAUAUGAUAUAGUCAGCCAUAUAUACAUUCAAAUGCUCAACAAAUAGCAAAUAUGAAUGGAUUUUUUGUGUAUCUGCUGUUGAUUUUUUACUGUUAUAUGUGUAAAGAUGUAAAAAUAAAAGAUAACAACUCCUUUCCCUUCA